AUGGCCGAGCAUUCAGAGCCGCCAUCCACGCAAGGGCAUGAGGAGACACCUCCUCCAACGGGGACAGCGCAGGACACAGAUCGCGCCAGCCAGAAACAGCCUGGGGUGACGGCCGAAGAUGCGGACUCAGACCCAGACUUUGACGACCUUGACGAUGUGCUCGACCAAUUCUCCGCGGCGACAGCAGCCCAGUCGUCCAAACCGCAAUCGCUGUCCCAACCUAGUCCGUCCUCCUCAGGGCCAGGCAGACCAGCAGCAGCAGCAACGACGGUGGGCUCCUCAAGUACAGAGACGGCAUUACCUCCCGACAUCCCAAUCCCGACGGGCCCUCAUGCAAACGAGACCGAAGAAGAAUUCAUGGCGCGGCUGACGGCCGAGAUGUCGAGCGUCAUGUCCAAGAUGUCACAGGACCCGGCAGCAUCAGCGGCUACGCCCGAAGACAUUGCCAAGAUGGGCAAGGAGCUAGAGGAGUUCACGUACAAGAUGGAAGCGGAGGGCGUGAAGCCCGAAGACCUACUAAAAGCCAUUCUGGGCGAGGACACGGGCGCACGAGUAGGUGAGCUGGCCGAGGCAGAACGGGAACGGGAGCGGCGAGAAAGCGAAUCGAAAUCGAAACAAAAACCGGCACCGACAACAUCCAGCAGCACUACUAAGGCUGGCGCGCCUACCAUUGCAAACGCCGAAGGCCCCUCGUCCAAAUCACAACCUGCAUCCAAACCAUCUUCAUUCGAAGACACGAUCCGCAGGACCAUGGCGCGAAUGGAAUCGUCGUCCGCGGCCGCCGCAAGCGCCACAGCCCAGGCAUCCGCCCCCAAGUCGGAAGAAGACAUGCUAGCGGAACUUCUGCGCGCAUUGGAAUCCGAAGGCGGCGGCGCCGGCGGUGAAGGUGGUGACGCAGGCGACCUGUCCAAGAUGUUUCUGGGCAUGAUGGAACAACUGACCAACAAGGACAUGUUGUACGAGCCCAUGAAGGAGUUGAGCGCCAAAUACCCGGAAUGGCUGGCGCAGAACCGUGCGACGCUGCCGAAAGCCGAGUUUGAACGUUUCUCGCGUCAGCGCGUCAUUGUCGAUGAGAUUGUCGCGAAAUUCGAAGAGUCGUCUUAUAGUGAUGCCAGUGCCCAGUGUCGCGAGUUUGUUUGGGAGAAAAUGCAGGCCAUGCAGGGCGAAGGCGCUCCGCCAGAAGAUCUCAUUGCUAACCCUUUGCCUGGGAUGGGUAUACCGGGACUGGGAUCGGGCGAAGAUGCUGAAAAGGUCCUGGAGGAGGGGUGUCCGACUCAAUAG